AAAAAAAAAAAAAAUGGUUUGGGAAAGAAUCCCUGGAAUUUGUUUCCUGUGAAAUUCUUAGUGGAGAGCAGAGUUCGAGCGCGAUGGAGGAGGAGUACCGGAGCUGCUGUUGUGAUCACAGCGCCCGCUCCCUGCAUGGGUUACAGCGGCUCUCUGUGUGAGAGAGUGACGGGGUACCGCGGCUACAGAGCCCGACACAGCCAUGGCAGAACCCCUUCUCAGGAAGACCUUCUCCAGACUUCGGGGGAAAGAAAAAGCGAGGAGAAAAACAGACCCCAAAGACAGAGAUGCGACUGCAAAAGCUGCCUGCGUCGGUACGAGCCACACUCAGUCCUGCGGCCCAGCCGAGGAAACCAGCAAGCAAGGAACAUUCAUCACCGUUGCCAAGAAACAAAACUGGGCCAAGCUUUCCCCUGCCUGUAGGGAGCAAAGCUGCCUUCCCAGCAGUGCCUGCCCUCGAGCCCCAGGAUUGAGGAGCCAGGAGUGGGAUAGCUCUGCAGGAAAGGCCCCGGCUUAUGAGAAGGGUUUGAAAUCCUUCUCGUCAUGCUGUACUGUUGCGCCUACAACCCAAAGCAGCCGUGUUUUGGACAGCCAGGAAAUUACUGUACAUGCUCCACGGUUUCCUUCAAGCACAGGUGUGACGGAACAAGGCGUCUCUGAGCUCCAGACACCAGUCUUGAGCUACUCUGAGAUUUCUACAUCGUCCAGUUGCAUUAAAAUCACCGGGCAAGGAGCGUAUCUCCAGAGCCUGGACAGGAGCAGCCGAGCUUGGGUUCUCUCCUCAGGAAAACCCCAGGCUUCUGAGGAAGGCCUCAGGCCCCCAUCGAACUGCAUAACCGGGAGGAGUCCGGGGCGGGACGAGGAAAGCAAGGGGGACAUUUGGUACAACCCCAUCCCCGAAGAGGAAGACCCCCGUCGUUUCUGUAACCCGUGGAAACGGCGUGAGGGGCGGGGCUCUCCCGAGUGCCAGAGAGGCGUGACUGACAGCAGGCGCGUGCAACGGGCUGGCAGUACAGCCCGCCCCUCCAGAGCACCAGGAAGUGACCCGCUCGACGGGGACGCCCAACCUCCACCCAGCUGUUCGGAUAUUCACAACCCCCAGGCGACCAAUCAGCUCGCAGCCACUCGAAUGGAUUCCCAGGCUCAGGACAGCGUGGGAGCCAGUAGGAGUGAGAGAGCAGAUAUUCUCCCAGCCCCAGCCCCAGCCCCAGCCCCAGCCCCGGCAGUGCCCCCAGGGGGACCUCCUCCCUCCGACAGCCCGGCCGCUCAGAAGAAGCCUGGGGUGAUGGAGCGCAUCAGAUCCCCCGGCACUGUCCGCAGCCUCUCCAUGAAGAUGCGCAAACUCCCCGAGCUGCGCCGCAAACUGAGCCUGCGUUCCUCCCGGACCAGGCAGGGGACUGGCGACGGCGCCUCUCCCCAAAACGCGCGCAAGGAAUCGGGCAACGUCAUCAGCAUAUACCACCUGGAUACCAGCGUCUCCACGGGGGACGGGCCUCGCAGACGCAGGAUCUCCUCCAAGCGAGGCAAAUCCGCCAGUAAAGGGGGUUACCUGAGCGACGGGGACUCCCCAGAACUGCUGCCCAAGCACGGCGGCGCAGGAGAACCACAGCGAGAGCAAAGGCUGGAUCCUGCUGCCUUCCGCCCGUACAGUCUGGCAGACCAGCCCCGGUGCGCUCAGAGGCUGUCGGGUCUGCUGAGCGUCCACCUCUCCGGGCUGGAGGAGGUGAAGUCUCCCCGCGUCGACUCCAAGGAGGUGUUCUGUGCCAUCCAGGUGGACGGGAUCACCAGGGCCCGCACUGCCCGCCUCACCUGCAGGGCCAGCUUCCUCAGCCUCAACCACACCUUCAACCUGGAGCUGGAGAACGCCCGGCUUCUCAAGCUGGUGGUGUCAUCGUGGGACUCCGGCGCCAACAGGAACAGGGUCUGCUGCCUGGGGGCAGUCGCCAUCCCACCGCUCUUCAGGGGGUCUCGGGCUCAGCAGCUGGCAGUGAAGCUGGAGCCGCGGGGGCUCCUCUUUGUGAAGAUGACCCUGGUGGAGCAGUGGGACGCCCCUCCCAGGCCCAGCGACAGGGAGCCCAGGGUCUUCGGGGUGGAGCUGCGCCACCUGGUGGACAAGGAAGCCUCUGCAGUCAAAGUGCCGCUGCUGAUACAGAAGAGCGUCUCCGAGAUUGAGAAAAGAGGACUAAAGGUGGUGGGUCUCUAUCGACUGUGUGGCUCUGCGGCUGUGAAGAAGGAGCUCCGAGACGCGUUUGAGAAAGACAGCACAGCCGUGAGCCUCUCUGAGGAGCUCUACCCAGACAUCAACGUCGUGACGGGUAUUCUGAAGGAUUACCUCCGGGAACUGCCCUCCCCUCUCAUCACCAACACUCUGUAUGAGGUGGUUCUGGACGCCAUGUCAAAGAGACCCCCCAGGGGCGUCCCCAACAGGCCAGAGCUGGAACCGCAGCGCUCGGCACAGACAGUCAGCCUGCUGGACUGCCUCCCCGAAGUGGAAAAGGCCACUCUGACGGUGCUGUUGAACCACCUGAGCCGGGUCGCCUCCUUCAGCGGCACCAACCGGAUGACGUCGCAGAACCUGGCGGUGUGCUUCGGGCCGGUGCUGCUCACCCCGAGUCCGGACCCCUCGAGGCAGGGGGCCGGGCGCAGCUUCGCUCACUCUGAAGAGAUCGCCAGCGCCGUGGACUUCAAGAGGCACAUCGAGGCGCUGCACUACCUGCUGCAGCUCUGGCCACUCCCAAGCAAAGGUCCAGAUCCUGACACCCCAGUCUCGGAGCAGCCUGUAUCCCAGAGUUCUUUGCAGCCUCGGCCACGCCCCGUUCUCCACCUGGACCUACCCAAGGACUCUGUGGUGUCGCGCCGGGGGCGUGGCAGACUGGAGAGCCCGCCCUGUAACCGCUACGCAGGCGAUUGGAGCGUGUGUGGGCCAGACUUCCUGCCAGCCCCGGAGGCAGACUAUGAUGAAGUGGCAGCCACUGACAGCGAGGAAGAGGAGGGGGAGAGGGGGCUAUGGGGCCCGCAAGGGAAUCUGUACCCCCGGGACUUCAGCCUGGACCCCAAAACCAUCGAUCUGGAUGCCCCUUUCACCACCAGACUCAGUCUGAAAGAUUUCGACACCUUGAUUUCCGAUCUGGAACGAGAACUGACCAAACAAAUUCACAUCUGCCUCUGAAAGUCUCAUUCACAUUCCAGCACAUUCCUUCAAAACAGCCAUUCAGUUUCAAGGACUGACAUUUAAAUAAAAACAUUAUAAUUUGGACACCCAAAAAGGUAAUGCUGUAUCUUUAGCACACACUUGUGUGUGCAGCGCCUUGCCCUGACAUGACUGAUUUGUGUUCUGUGAUAUAUCACAGCCUCUCAUCCCUAUCAGAAGUCAGCUUCAGUCUGAAGGAACGAGAGACGGGCCACGUGUCCACAACAGACCUGUCACAGUUAAUCACUGCGGGGCCAAUACUCUGUUGACACUGUUUUGGCAGGUGUUUCUGUUUUCUCUGUCUUCAUUCUACAAGCUUUAACUUUUGGGGUAUUUAAAGAGAAACAGGUGGUUAGAUCACAUGAGGUCAGUACAGAACAGGGAAGGGAGUUCUAUAUCAAAACACAUGUAAUAAUAAUUUGAAUAAUGUAUGACUUGAUGCUUUGUGAACCGGGACCCUGUUCUCAGAAGCAGGACGUGUCUCUGUGGUUUCCUUUGAUAAAACGCUGACGAGAUCCUGUCGGAGAAUCACGCUCUGUCCGUAUCGAAGUUCAGUUCUUGAUGCACGAGAGUGCGUUCCAGUACAGAAAUCAAAGGCUGUUUUUUUAAAAGGCUGAUUGGAUCACUGCAGAAAAGAUUGGAUGAUUCAAAACUUUAAAGAACGUUAGUCCACUAAGGAGUCAAGAAAACUCCCAGUUCCACUUCCCGUUCCCUUUCAAUCAAUUCCAGCACACCAGUGAUCAAAACUGCAAACUGACUUCAAAGCAGUGGCACGAUCAUAGCAAUUAUGAUGGCUUUAAAAUUGGAAUUAAAAAAAACAAAACCUCCAGCCCUGCUUAUAAGAAGAUAGGGGUUGAUUUGAUCAGUCUGUAACCUGAAACGUCAAGGUGGGUUUUAGAACAUUUUACAGCACUGUGGAAUCACCCUGGACCACAGCACUCACCGAUCCACGGCUAUCCUGGGGAAAACCCCCAAAAUAAGUGGAGCAAUCCAGGCGGGUUCCGUGGUGCUGUAAAAUGCUCUAAAGCACCCAGCCCUGGCUUAUCGGUCCAGGCUGAUCAAAUCGAUCCUGAAGCAGACAGAUGUUUUGAGCCGGUGCCUUCACCAGGGUGCCGGCUGAUUCUUGUACGUUUUUCAUUUGGGUGAGAAUUUGUCGUACACCCCUAAAUGUGUUCACAUUUACUCCUGCACAAAGUGAUCAAAUGCCUAUGCACUUUUAAAAAAAAAAAAAUAAUUUUUCGCUGUUUUCGGAGCACGGUACAUAUUUAGAAUUGUUUUGUUGUUGUCGUCUUUUUGUUAAUUUUUUUUUUUUACAUGUAUUAUAUUAUUAUUUGUGUUUCCUAGUUUGUAUUUAACUGGUGAACAAUCCUACAUAUAAGCUUUGAUCUGACAAGCCAGAUAAUGCUCUGGGGAUCGUAGCAGGGAGGCUGCUUCUGAAAUACACCCCAACCCAAUAAGUAAUGAGACAGAUGUGAGUGACUGGGGGUGGGGUACAGCAUGUGUUUCACCCCACUCCACUCCCCAUGUUGGUGCUGAUGAGAGGGGAGCGAUGGAUUUGAACACCUUGGUUAGCAUCGCCUUUAAAGAGCGACUGGUGAUAACAUCGCUGGUGCCAAUGCAAGACUUGAAACCCUUGAUAUUGCACAGGUGCGCUCGUGUCUGUGGGAGAGUUCCAUUACAGGUGUCACUAGAGGGCAGAAUUCCCAUCCUCCCCCUUGUCCUUUACCACUGGAAUAAUAUCACUUGGAAUCCUCUUUCAUUGCACCUCCAGUAUAUAACAGCUGGGAUGUUAGUGCUGUGUUAGCAAGACAUUUCAUUCAGAGAGGAGACGCAGGGUUUGUGAACAGUGCUGUUUUCUAAGCAUUCAGUAUUAAGGAUUUGUUUAAACAUAUUUUUGAACAGUAUUUUGCUAUAUUGCACUUAUCGUUUUGUAUUUUUGUACAUGGAUAUCAUAACAUGCCAUACAGUAUUAUCAACAAAAAAUGAUUACAUCAUUAAAUCACAUUGAUAUUA